UUGGAGUAGCGGCACAGCUGUUUUUGGCAACGUACAGAAUGUCGCUGGCGACUUGAAAGUGACAAAGGCAGCAAAUAGAUUGGCGUCUAUGAGUCGUUUAUUUAUUGUUUAUCUUCUGUGGGAUUAACGUAGUUAUAAUCAUUGUCCAACUGAUGUCUUAAGCCGUGAAUCAAGACUGUUGGUAAAAAUUGCCGUUUUGGUGUAAAAUGAAAGACAUAAAGGCUGGGAAGAAGAUAAGGAUCGAAGACGUAAAGGCCUUAUUAAGUAGAGCUGUUCACAUUAAGGACAAAAAUCAUGUCGAGGAGAUGGUCAACAGGAUUAUCAGUGAUGGGAAGGAUAAAUUGCAGAUAAUACUUGAUUUUGACCAAACACUGACAAAACAACAUGUCAAUGGAAAUCGAUGUCUCACAAGUUUUGGUAUCUUUGGAGAGUGCAAGCAGUUGCCUAGUAGUUAUAAAGCAGAUUCCAGUGCUCUUUACAGAUAUUAUCGAGCACUGGAGAUUGAUCCAAAGUUGACCAGAGAACAGAAAAUGGAAUACAUGUUGGAAUGGUAUAUCAAAGCUCAGGAUCUCCUGAGAGGUUAUGACUUUGACUGUCAAGAGAUUCAUGAAGUUGUUGCACAGACUAGAGUUCCUCUCAGGGAUGGCUCCGACAUGAUGCUUAAAGCAUUGGAUGAAGCAAGUAUUCCAGUAUUAGUUUUCUCAGCUGGUCUGGGAGACAUAGUUUCUGCCAUCCUCAAGUAUCAUGGGGCACUUCGAAAAAAUGUGCAAGUUAUAUCCAAUUUUCUUAAUUGGGAAGGCUCACAGCUGAAUGGCUUCAAGGGGAAUGUUAUACAUGCAUAUAACAAAAAUGAACAUGCCAUUGAAAACAGUGAUUAUUUCCAGCUGGUCACAAACCGUCCAAACGUCAUAUUAAUGGGUGAUGUCGUAGGAGAUGCAGGUAUGGCAGAGGGCGUGCACAGUCCAAAUGCAAUACUGAAAAUAGGUUUUCUGUAUGACAAGGUUGACGAGUGCUUAGAAGAAUAUUUAAAUCAUUUUGACAUUGUUCUUGUAGACGACCAGACUAUGAAUGUAAUUAAUGCUUUGCUACAACUUAUUAUUUAACAAAGUAUGUGCUGUGAACUUUUUAACUUUUUUUACCCUCAUGACAUGAAGCUUUAACUGCACAAAAUAGUGAGAUUUUUCCUUUUUCUUGUAUAUAUUAAACUAAAGUUAAAUGUCAGCGGUGACUGACUUUCUAAAAGUCUAUAAUAAAUAUUUUUAUUUUCCUUAAA